AUGUCAUCGCAAAGCGCAGAGGACAACACCCGUUUAGAGCAAGUCUUAGAUGGGUCAACUCCAUACGACUCCGAGUCCACCCUCAGUCGCGGCGACUUGCAGGAAAAGCCAUCCGACCUCGACGAUGAGGACCCCGAGGCGCUGACUCGGCUCGAGACGGCCCAGUCAGCCGUUAAGCCCCCCUCCGAACUAUGGAAAGAAAUCAUCUUCAUCGCCGUCGUCUGCAUGGCUCAAUUCAUGACCCAAGCCGGUCUAUGCAUGUCCAUUGCCCCGGCUCACAUCAUCGGUGCCAGCUUUGGCACCACCAAUGCAGGCCAGCUCAGUUGGUUUGCUGCAGCCUACAGCUUAACUGUCGGGACCUUCAUCCUGGUUGCUGGUCGGCUCGGGGACGUCUACGGCCAUCGGCUCAUGUUUAUCAUCGGCUUCUCCUGGUUCGGUCUCUGGUCUCUCCUGGCCGGCUUCAGCGUCUGGUCGAAUAAGGUCUUUUUCGACUGCUGUCGAGCAUUGCAGGGAAUUGGUCCCGCCAUGUUAUUGCCGAACGCCAUUGCCAUUCUGGGACGAGCCUAUCCUCCCGGUCUGCGCAAGGAGAUGAUCUUUAGCUGUUUCGGAGCUACAGCCCCGGGCGGGUUCAUCGUCGGAGGUGUCUUCUCCUCCCUCUUUGCUCAGCUCGUUUGGUGGCCGUGGGCAUACUGGGUUAUGGGCAUGGUGUGCUUUGUACUGGCAGCGCUCGGUAUUCUUGUGAUUCCGGUUACCCGUCGCCCGAAGUUCACAGACGACAUGACGGCCUGGACGCGACUAGAUAUUCUCGGUGCCAUCACCGGUAUCUCGGCCCUGGUCCUGAUCAACUUUGCCUGGAACCAGGCUGCCCUUGUGGGAUGGCAGACACCCUACACCUAUGCCCUUCUAAUUGUCGGAUUCGUUUUCUUUGGUGUCUUCAUUUUUGUUGAACGCUCGGCCCCGUGCCCCUUGAUCCCACGAUCAGUCCUCUCCGGUGACCUGGCCUGGGUGCUCGGGUGCAUUGCGGCGGGUUGGUCCAGCUUCGGAAUUAUCAUCUACUACUUCUAUCAAUUCAUGGAAGUUAUCAAGGGUGACUCGCCACUACUCGCGACCGCUAAAUGGUCCGCCGCUGCGCCGUCCGGCGCCGUUGCUGCACUGGUUACCGGUUUCCUGCUGGGAAAGCUACCACCUAGCGUGAUCAUGUUUUUCGCCAUGUGCUUCUUCACUGCUGGACAAGCCAUCUUCGCCACUGUCCCUGUGCAUCAGACGUACUGGGCGCAGGCGUUUGUCGUUAGUCUGAUCACGUCGUGGGGAAUGGACAUGUCCUUCCCAUCAGGAACACUUAUUCUGAGUAACUCGAUGCACCAUCACCACCAGGGUCUGGCAGCAUCUCUUGUCACGACAACAGUCAAUUAUUCUAUCUCGCUGGGACUGGGAUUCGCCGGUACUGUGGAGUCGAACGUCAACGAUGGCGGGAAGAAUCCCCUGAAGGGCUACCGCGGGGCGCUUUAUCUUGGCAUAGGCCUUGCUGGGUUAGGAAUGGUGACGUCUAUUUGCUUCAUGUCGGUUAGCUGGAGACGUCAUCGUCUGGGGAAAGAGUCGACAUGA